UAGUAUGUACUCCAGUAGCGUUUUAUUUUGAUCAAAAUGAAGUACGACCUUACGAUUUUGCUGACAUAUUAUGGCGUUUUAAAUGAUUUUAAAAAAAUAGAAAAGGAUUUUAAUAUUGAUUUUACAGAACAAUAUAUUUCAGAUUUAUUUAGGAAUGGAUGUGGUCAAAAUUUUGAGUUCGCUAAAUAUAUACAUGAAAAAUAUAAUUUUAAUUCUCAUUCUGUUUUUUAUUCUUAUUUAAAUAACGGAAAAUUUUCUGAAACAUUAAAUUAUAAAUAUAAUGUUUUGUUUCAUACUAAAUAUCCUGAUAAGUUAAUUGAAUAUGAAAAAUUACAUAAUAUAUUGAGCUUUUAUUUUACUUUAAAUUAUGAUGAGAUUAAUUUUAAAAAAUUGAAAUUAGAUAAAAGAUUUGUACCUACUCAACAUUAUAUUAAUUUGGGUUAUCCUGAUUAUUAUAAUAAAAACAUUACAGAAUAUUGUGAUGGCGAAAAUAAUUCAAUGGAUUUUAUACCAGAUCGUUUUUUUUAUGUAUAUCCAUUAAAUUAUUAUAGUGAUUAUAAUCCAUUAAAGGAUUUAGAUCAUAAUAUACAUAAUAUUGACUGUGAAAAUUUAUAUAAUUUUUUGACAGAUAGAGAAUACUAUGGGAUAAGUUUUGAUAAGUUUGAGGUUAAUGAUAUAUUGCAUAACACACUUUUGGCUAUAUAUUGUUUUAAGAAUAACAUGCAUAUUGAUUAUUGCAUAUCAAGAUUUAUUAAUGUUCAUCCAUCAUUAGCUGCAGAAUUAUAUAUUAAACAUCAACCAUUUCUUAGAUGUCAUUUCACUCCAUUUAAUGAAAAUGUUUUCUAUAAAUAUAUAUAUAUUGACGAACGUUUGAAAUAUUUAUUUAUAUAUUAUUCUUUUCAUUAUCAUUAUUCUUUUAGAUAUUUACGUUCUUAUAAUUUCGAAUUUUUAGAAUAUAAUUGUUUACAAGCUUCUAAGUUAACUAAGUAUAGAAAUAAAUUUGAAAAAUUGUCUGAAAAACUUCAAAUUAAAAAAGUUUUUGAUAUAGAUAAACAUGAAUUCUUAGAUCGUCAUAUUGAACAGUGAUUUUACGAUUAUAUAUCCAAAAUUAUUUCACCAGGCUGCAUAUCUAUAGGAAUCAACCACUAUUAUUACUUGGCUUAUACUAUUGGAAAUUGUUGAUUAAUAAUGGUUAAUAGUUUAUAAUGUUUGUGAUUAGAUAUUUAUGUAAGAUUAGCUAAUGAAUAUAUAUUGUUAUUAGAACUAAAGUUCUCAAAU